GUUGCGUUUCAUGUUCUUCACCGAGACUGUGGUUAUAAAAUACAAACUAUAAUCUUUUUCACCCGUGCUUGUUGACGACAACAUUACCAAAAUGUCUUUGGUCAUCCCAGAAAAGUUCCAGCACAUUUUGCGUAUCCUCAGCACCAACAUCGAUGGCAAACGUAAAGUCAUGUUCGCCAUGACCGCCAUCAAGGGUAUCGGUAGACGUUUUUCCAACAUUGUGUUGAAAAAGGCCGACGUCGACCUGAACAAAAGAGCUGGAGAAUGUACCGACGAAGAGGUUGAAAAAAUUAUCACAAUUAUGCAAAAUCCUCGUCAAUACAAGAUUCCAGACUGGUUUUUGAACAGACAAAAGGAUGUUGUUGAUGGAAAAUUCUCUCAACUUACCUCCAGUACCCUUGACAGCAAAUUGCGUGAAGAUUUGGAAAGGUUGAAGAAAAUAAAGGCUCACCGUGGUCUCCGUCAUUACUGGGGUUUGAGAGUACGUGGUCAGCAUACCAAAACUACCGGACGUAGAGGAAGAACUGUUGGUGUAUCUAAGAAGAAAUAAGUUAAUAAAAGUGAUAAUUUUUAUUCAAA